CGUCCGCCGUUUUCCCCUCAGACUUAAAAUUUCAGUUGCUUGCGAGCAUUAUUCUGCAGUUCUCAGUGGUAUAAACAUCCUGGUUCAAGACCGUGAGCAUGGUCAAAUUAGCGCUUCUUAGCUGGCUAGCGGUCGCUGCCCCUGUAUUCUCCGCACCAGCCGAUGUUCUCAGCCCUCUGGAUACGCGAGCUUGCACUACCCCAGCAAAUACCCUCAAAAACCCGGGUUUUGAGUCCAGCGCUCUCACACCAUGGGUCUUCCAACCCACAUACGUCAAACUCGGUAGCGCAACAGUCGCGAAAUCUGGCUAUAAAAGCGACCACGCGAUCCAAGCCGCGGGAACCUCCGGAUAUAACGAUCCAACCAGCUACAACAAACUUUAUCAGACCUUCAAGAUCUGCAAAGCAUCGCGUUUCCAACUCUCGUGGUCCAUGCUCCUCCCGAAAGAUAGCGUUAAGUAUACAGCGCCUGGAAAACCAGGCUUGUAUGUCGAGGCCAAAGCUCCAGAUGGUUUGUGGUAUCAAAUGGGCUCUUUCAGCUUCGACACCAAGACUUUCAGCAGCACCAUCUUUACUCCGAGUUUCAAGGGUACGCAUAAGGUUGACCAGUGGGCGAAUUUUGUGGCGGACUUUCCGAAUUUGCAGACUGGCACUUGGACGAUUUCUAUGGAGUGGUAUGUUAUAGGGCCGGGGUCAAAGGGGACUAAGACUUCGACGCUGAAGUUUAAGAUGGAUAACUUUGUUGUGAAGCCUAAAUAA